AUGGCCGGAGGUGGGACCUGGCGGGACGUGGCGGGACGUGGCGGGACGUGGCGGGAGACUGUUGGAAUCUGCGCAGGAAGGUGUGGAAGGUGUGCCAGAAGGCCCAGCAGCUGCACCAGAUCCUGGAGCAGGACUCGAUUUGCCUCGGCUGAAGCUGCAGCAACGCCCAAAUCCAGCAGAGGAAGCUCAAUCGACUCAAUCGAAACCCGAAGUUUUCCAAGAGGAGGAUGCAGGCACAAAGAAG